CGCUGGCCUGCCCUCCCAUUUGGAUUCUUCAGCAAUGCAAAAUUGGGAUCAGGCUUUGAAAAGGAAUCCGGGUGGAUUCAGAGUCUCAACAUCCUUUUUACAUCGUGGCAACCAAAACUGAACGCAAUAUUCCAAGUGUGGCCUUACCAAGGCAUUGGAAAUGCUCCAGGACAAAAGCUUGUCGGAUGUGGAGGAUGGGUUUGUGGUGCCUCAGGGCCCUGCCCAUGCUGAAACCACCGGAGGGUCUCCAGUUCUUGGGGUCGCGGGAGUUAGCAACACACCCCUGAAUAGUCCGCAGGUCCCGGAUGCAGAACAGAAUAUCGAGAAUAUCAAGGUGUAUUUGCACGAAAAAGAGCUAUGGAAGAAAUUUCACGAAGCCGGGACUGAGAUGAUCAUAACUAAAGCUGGGAGGAGGAUGUUUCCAAGCUACAAAGUGAAAGUAACUGGGAUGAAUCCCAAGACUAAGUACAUCUUGCUGAUCGAUAUUGUUCCGGCAGACGAUCAUCGAUACAAAUUCUGUGACAACAAGUGGAUGGUGGCAGGAAAAGCUGAACCUGCAAUGCCCGGACGGUUAUAUGUUCACCCUGACUCUCCAGCGACGGGAACUCAUUGGAUGCGUCAACUUGUGUCUUUCCAGAAGCUAAAACUCACCAACAACCACUUGGAUCCGUUCGGACACAUCAUCCUCAAUUCCAUGCACAAAUACCAACCCAGGUUGCACAUUGUGAAAGCGGACGAAAACAACGCAUUUGGGUCAAAGAACACCGCAUUUUGCACUCACGUGUUCCCAGAAACUGCCUUUAUAUCCGUGACAUCCUACCAAAAUCACAAGAUCACCCAGCUGAAGAUAGAGAAUAACCCAUUUGCCAAAGGCUUCCGAGGGAGCGACGACACCGACCUCCGCGUGGCAAGACUACAAAGCAAAGAGUAUCCCGUGAUCUCGAAGACCAUCAUGAGGCAGAGGUUGGUCUCCACGCACGGUCAGCUCUCAGCAAAAUCGGACCUCAGUCCGCCUCACGGAAGCCAACAAGGUCUCCAUCACUACCAGUACGAGAACGGAGCCCACAUGCAAUUCGCCAGCUCAGAUGCUCAGGACCUGCCCCUGAACAGCUUCCCGGCACAAAGGGAGUCUGGGCUUUUCUACCACUGUCUGAAACGGAGAGAAGGGGCCCGGCAUCUGGAUUUACCCUGCAAACGCUCGUACUUGGAACCGACCUCUUCCCCCGGAGAUGACCCCUACUUUCGGUCGCCACCGCCCUACGACCAACAGAUGUUGAGCCCCGCGUACUGCAGCGACGUGACCUCGCGGGAAGCGUGCAUGUACUCCGGCUCUGAAAUUGCAAGCGUGUCGGGGGUAGAAGAUUUGCCUCCUCCUCCUCCCCCACCUCCUCCUCCUCCUCCCCCUCCCCCUCUGAGCUGCAAUAUGUGGACCUCCGUUGCACCUUACACCAGUUACAGCGUUCAGACCAUGGAGACUGUGCCGUACCAGCCUUUCCCCGCUCAUUUCACCGCCACCACCAUGAUGCCACGCCUCCCACCCAUCGCCGGCCAAGGGUCCCAGCCGCCGGGCAACAGCCCUUUCGCCGUCUAUAAUCAGCUCUCCCAACCCCGCGAAAGAAUUCCCGGAUCGUCCUUCCCCAGAGAACGGAUGGGCGAGAGGAAGCUCCCGUCGCCCCACUUAAGCGCGGCCAACGAGUUUCUGUACUCUCAGACUUUCUCCUUGUCCAGGGAACCCUCUUUACAGUAUCAUUCAGGAGUGGGCACAGUGGACAACUGGACUGAUGGAUGAUUUCCACGUGUCGUCGCGAG